AGGGGCCUUAUUUCCAUAACAUUGCGCUUUAGGUCAAACUCAGCGGAGAAACAAAGAUGAGAACUUGACGAUCAAGCCACGCUCCUCAACUGGCGAAAGCAGUCUCCGUUUGGAAAACUGUCCUUUCUAUUGAGUUUGUGUGUGUUGCAAGCAGGUAGAAUACAACAACACGAAUCAUGACUGCGACCGAGUAUGGCAUCGUCUACGCCGUCCACAUCAUCACUGUCGAGUUCGGUCCCAUCGUAUCGAAAGUCUGUGAACGUCUUCUUCGUAAAGGACCUCUUUCCUUGCGAGAGAUCGCGAAGUCAGACAUCAAUCAUAACAAAGUCAAGGAUAUUCUCUCCCUUCUGAUUCAUCACAACUGCGUCCAAGCUUUUUCUCUUGAGCCGCCUGAUGGUUCUGAUAGCAAAGCUAUUGUACAGUACAUUGUGAUGUUUAACAACAUUAUUCAUCGUGUGAGGUUUGACAAGUUUUCCAAGGUUGUAAACGAAGAGCUUGGCCCUCAGUGCGGCUCAGUUUUUGAUGCUUUACUUACUAGCGGGAGGCUUACUUUGGGACAGCUGAUCCAAAAAGACAGCUGUACAAAAAAACCAAAAGGUUCGAAAGAGAUGAGAGAUUCUCUUCGGAAACUGGUUGCUGCACGUUUUGUUGAGCGAGUUCCUUCUCCCGAACCUGUUCUUGGCAACAAAGAAGGCCCGGCCCAAAAGAAAAGAGGCGCCAAGAUUUUAAAAGAACCGGAGGAAACAUUAGAGGAACGUGUUCUUGAAGCUUCAACUCCAGUUGAAUCAAUAAGGUUUCCUCUUAUUUUUGAACAAGGUUCAAGUUCAUCUUCGGCAGAUAACGACAGCAACAUCUCUGAGGGGAAGCGUAAAGAACGUGAUGUAGACUCAUCAUCAGAUGCGAACAAUGAAGUAGUCUGGCGUCCUAAUUUCGAGGAGCUCAUCCGCCGCCUUAGACAUAAGGCGUGUGUGGAGAUAGUGAAAGAGCGGAGAGAUGACCAAAGAUGUGCCAUUGUCUUGAAUGCAAUGUUAGAACUAGGAAGAUCUCAGGAGAAGAAAGUGAAAACCGACAAGUCGGUUCCAAUGUCGAGGGAUUCCAUUUACGAAGAGGUUAUAAAGACUGAAGAAGGCCGUGACAUGCUAGACGACAAAGUUAAAAAAUGCCUUGAACAAUUGAGUGCAACGUCUUCUUAUCUAAUGUUACCAAAAAAAACGUCUUCUUAUCUACCAGCGUUUGUGAUAAGAACUGAUGAUUCAUACAUAGUUGAUUAUAAAUCCAUCAUCAGCGUAGCACAGAAAGAUGAGGUGGAAUCAUUAGUUAUGAAAAGAUACGGGAAAGAAGCUUUAAGAAUGUUCAGAUACUUAUCACAGGAAGACCGUUUUGUUGAGACCGAUAGGAUUGCUAAUGCCUUGCUGACUGAAAAGAAAGUCACACCACAAAUCCUUAUGAAGAUGUGGAAAGAUAGUUACUUGCACAUGCAGAAAUUGGUGGUGACAGGAGUAUAUGUGCCCUUCCUAUUGUGGAAGGUAGACAAGGCGAUUGCAUGGAGGAAAAUGUUGGAUGAGAUGUACCAUGCUUCCUUAAACUUGAGUCUCAGGUUGAUCCAUGAAUCAGAUUCCGAGAGAGAGUUGCUGCUGCUGCCUGUGGAUAAACUGGAAGGAGGAUUAAAGAACAGACGAAAGAAGAUCGAUGAUAAGACUAUAUUGCUGUCUAACGCUAGGCUUAACCUUGAUGAUGCCAUAAUGCUUUUUCAUGACUUCUAAACUCUAAAUAUUCUAAAAAAUGGAAACCAUUUGUAGUUUCAUUUAUUUAAUUAGUUGGUUAGUUUGGUUUUGUUUUCCAUUUUAAUGGAUUAUCCACCUAUCAUAUACAUGUAACGGUUUCUUUU